ACGUGCGUGCGUCCGUAUUAAGUGGGCGACUGACUACACUGCCUGCUUGAUCAGCCGGUUUCGCGUCCAAGCGGUCGCGGGGCUGCGGGGCUCCCCAUGAUCAGCGCCAUGGCUGGCUCAUCUCACCGCGUCACGCUCGGGCCCCUGGUGGCCGCUAUCGAUCAGGGCACGAGUUCCACACGGUUCCUGGUGUUCAAUUCCAAAACAGCAGAACUUCUCAGCCACCAUCAGGUGGAAAUCAAACAGAGUUUCCCCAAAGAAGGAUGGGUGGAGGAGGACCCAAAAGAAAUCUUGCAGUCUGUGUAUGAGUGUAUGGAACGCACGUGUGAAAAACUCAUCCAACUCAACAUUGAUAUCUCUAAUAUUAAAGCUAUUGGAGUGACCAACCAAAGAGAAACUACACUUGUUUGGGACAAGGAAACUGGGGAGCCCUUGUACAAUGCUAUAGUUUGGCUUGACCUACGGACUCAGUCAACAGUUGAGAGUCUGAUCAACAAGACACCUGGGAGGAAUAAAAACCACUUAAAGCACAAAACAGGUCUUCCAAUCAGCACUUACUUCAGUGCGGUGAAACUUCGCUGGUUGAUGGACAAUGUGGACGAAGUUCACAAAGCUGUCCUCUCUCACCGAGCCAUGUUUGGCACCGUGGACUCCUGGCUCAUUUGGUGUUUAACUGGAGGAAAGUCCGGAGGGGUCCACUGUACAGAUGUGACCAAUGCAAGUCGAACCAUGUUGUUCAACAUUCACACUAUGGACUGGGACCCAGAGCUUUGCAAAUAUUUUGGUAUUCCCAUGGAGAUUCUGCCCCGAGUGAGAAGUUCUUCAGAAAUCUACGGCCUCAUGAAAAUAUGUUCUAGCUGGAAAUCAGGAGCACUUUCCGGUAUCCCCAUUUCAGGAUGUCUUGGGGAUCAGUCGGCAGCCUUGGUUGGACAAAUGUGCUUCCAGGACGGGCAAGCUAAAAACACUUAUGGAACAGGCUGUUUUUUGCUGCGCAACACCGGACCCAAGCCAGUAAUGUCUGACCAUGGGCUUCUGACCACUGUGGCCUACAAACUGGGGCGAGACAAACCCGCCUGCUACGCGUUAGAGGGUUCUGUAGCAAUCGCUGGGGCUGUGGUUCGUUGGCUACAGGACAACCUUGGCAUUAUUGGAUCUUCCGAGGAGCUUGAAAAGUUGGCCGCAUCAGUCGGGACAUCAUACGGGUGUUAUUUUGUUCCUGCCUUUUCGGGCCUUUAUGCACCAUACUGGGAGCCCAGUGCGAGAGGGGUCAUUUGUGGCUUGACGCAGUUCACCAACAAGAGUCACCUCGCGUUCGCUGCUCUGGAAGCAGUCUGCUUCCAGACAAGAGAGAUCCUGGACGCUAUGAAUCAAGACAGCGGCAUCCCGCUCACUCAGCUUCAGGUGGACGGAGGAAUGACGUCCAACAGGUUGCUGAUGCAACUACAGGCGGACAUACUUUGCAUCCCUGUUGUGAAGCCAUCCAUGCCCGAGACCACCGCUCUAGGGGCAGCGAUGGCAGCUGGUGCAGCUGAGGGGGUGAGCGUCUGGAGUCUGAACCCGGACGAUCUCAGUGAAGUGACGUCGGAGAAGUUCGAGCCCCAGAUCAACCCUGAAGAGAGCGAGUUCCGAUAUGCGCGCUGGAAGAAAGCCGUUCAAAAGUCUAUGAACUGGGAGACAACGGAACUGCCGUCUAAUGGCAAUGGUGAAAGCAGUAUCUUCAGCAGUGUCCCACUGGGCUUUUACAUCAUGGGCAGCAUGCUGAUGUUGAUUGGAGCCAAUUACAUUGCAGGUCACAACUAGUCUCCUGAUGGUCAGGAAGGACAGAGAUCUACUGUUGAUUUUUUUUUUUUCUUCUCCUGAAAAGUCACUCCAGAAGAAGAAUGUUUGAACUGACAUUUAAUGGGACCUUUCGCCAUAUUUACUUUCUCGUUCAACAUGAACUACAGCAAGUCUAUGCAUGCAGGUUUCUUCUUUUUCCUUUUUUCAUUUUAAUUACUGGCAGUUUGCUGUGAUCUUUUGAGUUUUUGUACAAAUGCAUUAUGCUUGUUUGUCACUGUUACUAAGCCCCUUCCCAAAAUCCUAGUUUACCUAAGGUACUUUUUAGUGCACUUUAUAUGGUCUUUUAUAUUUUUUUGGGUGCUAAAAAACACAAUCUAGGAAUAUAUUUUUAUGUAGAUUUCCCUCAUACACAUUUGCCAUAAUGGUUUCAAUCAAGGCACUUGUAGACAAUGAAUUAUGUUGCUCCGAUUUGUCAAAUAAAAGCACUUCAGAAUUUAUGUGGGUCAAUAUCUGUUUUUGUAUGCGUUUACCUGAAAUCAAAGUGGUAAACGCUGCACACUUGGGACCUAAAGGUUGGUCGAAUUUCAGACGGAAGCAACAUGUAGAAGAAAAAAAAAAAAACAAUGGUCUUUUUUUUUUCUCGUCAGUAUGAUGUUAAACCAUGAAUAAACUUGGCUUUGACCCAUUAUACUCCCUUUAAAUUUUGUUUGUUUAGCAAGUUGGCUGGUUAAACAUCCAACAACAAAAAGUGCCACAUCUACAACCCCAAUUCCAAUGUAAUCUGGACGUUGUAUUAUACAUUAAAAAAAGAAUGCAAUGGUUUGUAAAUCGUGUUGAACCCAUAUGUAAUUGAAUACACUAGACAAGAUAUUUAAUGUUGAAACUA